AUGAAACGGAAUCAGAGACCAAUCUGCAAAAUGCUCCGAUACGUAGUUCUUGCUUUUCUCCUUGUCAAAAGUUACGGAAGUAUCUUCAAGCUAUCACCCCGAUUACCUGAUCAUCGCAUUGUAGGUGGGGAAAGAAUUGAUAUUCGUCAACAUCCUUACCAACUUUCUCUUCAGACAACUAGUCAUUUAUGUGGAGCCUCUGUUAUUAGUGAGAAAUGGGCAGUUACUGCCGGCCAUUGUGUAGGUUACAAACUGAGAGCCGGUAGCAAUAGUAAAUAUAAUGGAACAACGUACAAUGUUAGAAGGAUCGUUCGACACCCUCAGUUUAGCUUAUCCGGAAUCGAUUUUGAUGUAGCUGUUAUCGAAGUUUUUGAAAAAUUUGUACUCGGAGAUACUGUACGACCAGUCAAACUUCCUGAUCGAGAGAUUUCAACUGGGACAUUAGUAAACAUAACUGGUUGGGGAAAUACGGGAGACGGUAUAAAUGACGGAAUAUUACGUCAAGUUUCGGUGCCAAUUGUCGACCACAAUUUAUGCAAGAGAGCUUACAAAGGUAUUAACCAGAUUACCACUCGAAUGAUUUGUGCUGGACUAUUAGGGGUAGGAGGGAAGGACUCUUGUCAGGGUGAUUCAGGAGGUCCUCUCACAGUCAAUGGAACCCUUUACGGAAUCGUGUCUUGGGGGCUAGGUUGUGCUCAACCAAACUAUCCUGGUGUCUACUCUAAUGUAGCAGAAUUGCGGCCUUGGAUAAAAAAUAUUACUGGAAUUUAAGAUAUUAUGUUAUAUAUUCUUCAUAAUUGAUUCAGCAGGAGUUCAAUCAGGAAAGAGCUAGAAAUAGAUCACUGAUUAACAUCGGUGGAAAUAUCACUUGCCAUCGAGUUACAUAUAUUUCAGAAAAAGUUAUUGGACAUUCACUCCGACUAACAAUAAGACGUAAAGUGACACAGUUCUAGAUUUCGCAACAUUGACAUCUCACUGAUUCAAAAUUGUGGAGAAAUCUUAAUAUGGUAAUUUUGGAUAACCAAGUUUAAAUAAAAUUUCUAUUAAUAA